UGCCUCUUCAGCCAAAAGAAAAAGCUCAGUCAUUUCAAUUCAGAUUAGUUUUCCAAACCCUAAAAUCCAUCUCUCCGGUGGUAGCGACUGCCUCAGCAGACUCCAAUCAUGGCGGCAGAGUACGAUCUAACACCGCGUAUGGCACCAAAUCUCGACCGUCAUCUAGUCUUUCCUCUCUUAGAGUUUCUUCAGGAGAGACAAAUCUACAACGAUAACCAUAUCCUAAAAGCCAAGAUCGAUCUCUUAAACAACACAAACAUGGUUGAUUACGCCAUGGACAUUCACAAGACACUCUACCAAACUGAAGAUGUGCCUCAGGAUAUGGUUGAACGUAGAGCCGACGUUGUCGCUCGAUUGAAGUCUCUUGAAGACGCUGCUGCUCCUCUUGUUGCUUUUCUUCAAAAUGCGGCUGCUGUUCAGGAAUUGAAAGCUGAUAAACAUUAUAAUCUUCAGAUGCUUAAUGAUAAAUAUCAGAUCGGUGCUGCACAAAUAGAGGCAUUAUACCAAUAUGGCAAGUUUCAAUUUGAAUGUGGAAACUACUCUGGUGCUGCUGACUAUCUUUAUCAGUACAGAGCAUUGUGCACUAACAGUGAAAGGAGUUUGAGUGCAUUGUGGGGAAAGCUGGCAGCUGAAGUAUUGAUGCAAAACUGGGAUGUUGCUCUUGAAGAGCUCAAUCGCUUGAAGGAAAUAAUUGACUCAAAGAAUUUUUCAUCACCUAUAAAUCAGGUACAAAGCAGAAUAUGGUUGAUGCAUUGGAGUCUGUUCAUCUUUUUCAACCAUGACAAUGGAAGGACACUGAUAAUUGAUCUGUUUAACCAAGACAAGUAUCUUAAUGCAAUCCAAACUAGUGCUCCGCACCUUUUGCGAUACUUGGCCACAGCAUUUAUUGUCAACAAGCGCAGGAGGCCUCAACUCAAAGAGUUUAUAAAAGUUAUUCAACAAGAGCAGAAUUCGUAUAAGGACCCCAUCACCGAGUUUUUGGCUUGUGUUUAUGUCAACUAUGACUUUGAUGGCGCACAAAAGAAGAUGAGGGAGUGUGAAGAAGUAAUUCUCAAUGACCCCUUCCUUGGUAAACGAGUUGAAGACAGCAACUUCUCAACUGUACCAUUAAGGGACGAGUUCCUUGAAAAUGCCAGGCUUUUUAUUUUCGAGACAUACUGCAGAAUACACCAACGCAUUGACAUGGGAGUACUUGCCGAGAAGCUAAAUUUGAAUUAUGAAGAGGCUGAGAGAUGGAUUGUGAAUCUCAUACGAGGCUUAAAGCUUGAUGCCAAAAUUGACUCUCAAACUGGAACUGUUAUCAUGGAACCUAAUCAUCCAAAUGUGUAUGAGCAGUUGGUUGACCAUACCAAGGCCCUCAACGGUCGUACUUACAAGCUGGUCACUCAACUUCUGGAACACGCACAAGGUCAAGCAGCUCGUUGAACUGUUUGUAAAUGUGAUGAUUGAAGAUGAUCCAGCCGGAAUAGAAGACAAAAUAACAAAACUGGAGGGAAGGAAUCAAUCAUGGGCGGCUAACAAAGAAUCCUAGAUUUACAGGAGUGUGGAGGAGCACAUAAAAUAGGAGGCUCAACAAAAAAGUAUUCUUGCGACUCCGCAUUGAAGGAGAAGUGAUUACCAAUGAUUGGUGGUGAAUAUUUUGGUGGAAACCAUCUCUUUUUUUUCUUACUCUGCAAACUUUCUGUGCUUGGCUUACUGUACUCGCCUCUUUAACAUUUUGUAGUUGCAAUUUUCAUUGGAAAUUUCUUAUUACACCCUAUA